GUCUCCCCUCGUGCCCCCGGUGGCUGGGCACCGGUAGGAAAACUUUUUAGGUCUGUGCUGGAGCACUGAAGACGAUGAUGAACAUCAUUUAUGUUGACACACACUGAGAUGACUUUUGAGGAUGUCACACCUGGUGCCACUUCCACUGCCCUGCCCUGUGCAACUUGGAACAGUGAAGGCUGAUGCCUCAGGGUCACAGUUACAUCAGUUUGUGAGAGAGGGUAGCCACACCAAGGUGAAAAAAGUUCUACUGAAAGGUGUUGCAGUUGAUACCAGAAAUAGCCUGGGACAGACGCCCCUGUUCAUAGCUGCAUUGCUGGACCUUGUCAAAGUUGUUGAUGUAUUACUGAUGUUCGGAGCAGAUCCUAACUAUCGGUGUGACGACCGGAGUACACCUGUGCAUGCAGCAGCUUUCUCAUGCAAUCAGUGGAUUCUUAGUAAAUUACUGGAUGCUGGAGGUGAUUUGCGUUUGAAUGAUAAAGAUGGAAGAUUACCCCAAGUCUGGGCACAGUCAGCCGGGAAGGAAAGGAAUGUUCGGAUCCUAGAGUUCAUGCAGAGGUGCACUUCACAUAUGCAGGAAAUCACCCAACAAGUUGCCUAUAGUAUCUCACAUCAAAUUGGUAGUUCAUCAGAAUCACUGAUACGGAAUCCUUCCAUACUGAAUAAAAUAACCUAUAGAAUCAAGGAUGGAGAGUUUCUCAGUAAUCCUAAAGCCAGAAGCAUUUCAUCACAAACUGUUCAAUGCUUUGGAUUUGGGAAGUUCUAUGUGCUUGGAUCCACACAGUUGGCUUAUCUUGCUUCCAUCCCACUUGUUAGUGAGAAAGCUUUAGUGCAGCCAGAUGAUGAACCAACUUUCUCCUAUACAACUGGCCCUUACACGACAAUGACCAAUUUAACGUGGAAUGGAAUUCGUGUCACAGUCAAACAGAUGAAUCUUCCUACACAUCCAAACUGCAGCAAGCGAUUGUCGGCUGAUUUGCUGAUUACAGAACAGGAAUAUAGCAGUCACCUUAGACACCCAAGCUUGCUGCUGCUGAUGGCUGUGUGCCAGUUGUCUGAGCUGGAUCAAAUCCGCUUAGUGUAUGAAAGAGUUAAUCUCGGUUCCCUUUAUGGAGUAUUGCAUGAAAGGCGUUCCGAGUUCCCAGUCUUGCGCAUGGAGAUGAUAGUGCAGAUGCUCCUACAGAUUACUGAUGCUCUUCUUUAUCUUCACUCACGGGGAUACAUCCAUCGAACUGUCACCUCUCAUGCUGUGCAGCUUGUUCUACCUGGCAUUGCCAAACUGAGCAACUUUGAAUUCAUGGUCAAAAGUGUUGAUGGGGCCUUAUACAACAAUCUAUCCCAGUUCCCCGUCCCAUCACAGUUUUACAACUGGCUAGCACCAGAGGUAAUUCGGGGCAAAACUGCCACAGUCAAAUCAGAUGUCUACAGUUUUUGUACUCUGGUCCAGGAACUGUUUACAGAUGCAGUUCCAUGGGAAGACCUGGAUGGAUUUGCAGUAAAGGAGUUAUUAGCAGCUGGCCGGUGUUUGACUGUAGACGACCAAGUUCCAAAGCCAUACUAUGACAUAGUGCGAAUGGGAAUUCAAGUAAAGCCUCGGAAUCGGACAAUGAACCUCCAAGAUAUCCGGUUUAUCCUCCGGAAUGACUUCAAGGAUCUAAUUAGCAAUAAAAAAAAACAUACCUCUGAGAAAGAUCAAUCUGAUCUGUAUUUACAUGAUCAUGUCAACAUGUUUGAGACAAAUGGUGUAGACCACAGGAGAGAACAAGAACAACUGCAAAAGGAGAAUGCUGGUAAAGGAAAACAGCCAGAGUGUUUAGAACAAGCUCAACUUACAAGUGACAAUGAUGAAUAUUCCUAUUAUAAUUUGGGUCGUCGCACUAGCUUCAGUCCAAAGAAGUGUGGAGCUGAUAACAAAGUCAGGCAUUUAAAUAGUGAACCAUCACAGCAAAUUACAGUUUUAUAUGAUUGUUGGAAAACCCAAUAUAAUCAGUUUGAAGGUAAAGCAGAGUCCAGAGCCCACCAUGGUGUUUACAUUGAAGAUAAAGCUGAUGACGACUCCAAUCCAUGGAAGAAGAUUGAGCAACAUUAUGACUCUGAGUCAUCAGAACCUCCAUCUGAAAAACAUUAUUCAGAUGUUCUGGGUCAUUUACAUGAACUAGAUCUUGCAUUAGAUGAAGAAAUGUUUGCUACCUCUGAUGAAGAGGAGGCAAGCAUUAUUUCUUUGAGAACAGGCAGAGAAUACACAUCAGAUGAAGGAGAUGAACAGAGUGAUAGGACUACAACUUUGUCUCAAGAUUGGUCAGGAAUGGAAGGUUUAGAAAGUGACCAAGAAAAUCAUGGUAUGGUCUGCCAACACACUCUGAACAGCAGUGUGAUGGAAGAAGAGGAUAUUGCAACUAGCAUUUCAGUCCAGGACUCGAUCAGCAACUGUAAAAUCAACAUCCAGACAUCAAAACAUCUCAUGCAACAAGCGUUCAGUGCUCUCGAUCGCACAAUCAGAAAUUAUAAUCCUGAAAUUGGCACAGUACGGAAAUCCAAGAAGGAGAAUCAGAUAAGUGAUCGAAUUGAGAAGACCUCUUGCACUAAUCUACUAGGCUAUGAUGAAGUGGAUUAUCCAAGGCAAAAUGCAAAGGGGAAUAAACAGAUUAAAUCAAGCAAUGAAGGUCACCUGAUGAUCCCCAUAGCUGUGGCUCCUCCAGCAUGCUAUCAACUCCCAAUAUAUGGAGUGGAGAAAAUCCAUGAAGCUAAUCCUGCAGGGCAUUACCAACCAAUAUUUGAAGUUCUUGGUCAUACUGAGGAUGAAAGGACAGCAGGAACAAAAGGUUGCAGUUCUGAUAUUCUGAAAACAUCAGAGACAUUUGCUGAUGGGACACAAACCAUAUGUUCAUUGAGGAAGCAAGAGAAUGUUGAACAUGUUGAUUACAAAUUUACACAUGAUAAAAGCGUUAAAUCUAUGCCAUGUCAUAAGGAUAAACCAACAAUGAAAUGUAAAAAGAAAAUGAAUGCAUUAGCACAAGUUCACAAGCAUGAGAACAUCCCUGUACGUAAAGGUCGCAUAUCUAUGAGAAUCCCACCACAUGGAGACCAGCAAGGAUCCAGAAAGCAAUGCAUGUACCUAUCAGGCAAUAGGAAAAUCCGCAUUACUCAAAGCUGUAACGUUGUGGCAGAAGGAGUCAAAGUGAGACAGAAAAAGAACCCUGAGGGCUAUCAUUUCACCAACAUGGAGAAACCUCAGGAUCAAAAUUGUGGUAGAACAACAAAGGAAAAAUCUGAGCAAGCAUCUGUGAGCACCAAUUGGAUAAGUAAGGAAAUACACUUAGAUCACUAA